AUGGAGCCCAAUCCCACUAACCCCUCCCGUUCCUCUGCGCAUGGACUCAACGGCAACGAUGAUGCUUCACCCUCAACCAACUCCAACGCCACAACCAACCCGCAAGCUCAACAUCCGCCCGACACCCUGACAAAUGCAGCUGCUACGUCCACUGGUGAAGGUCUCAGCUCGCUUGAGAGACUCAAGCUCUUCAAGGAUCGAGUCAUGGCGACUCGCGGCAGCGGAAAGGAACAGCAGCAGCAGCCAUCCUCGCACCAACUGGAAAAGGUUCGCGUCGCGGAAUCGUUCCUCAGCCAGUCGGCUCCUCCCACACCCACUUCUCCUAAUCCAGCUGGAUCAAGUAUCCAGACGAAUGCUUCCCAAGUGUCUCAAGUUCCCAUUGUGUCUCCUGCCGACAUGCCACGAAUCCUUCAGCCGACAGACAAUGAUACCUUCACGUCCAGCCAGCAACCCGCUCAGCCCACGACUCCCCAAAACGGCGAGAACGGCGGGGCUGAUGAUGUACGCGAAGCUCGUGAGCAUGUUCUGAAGGAGAAGCUGCGUCUCAAGAUGGCGCAACGGGCGGCUGGUGCCGAUCCGUCUGCAUCUCGCGCUCCCCCGACCCCGGCGACUCCAACUGGUGCACAGCCUCCUCCCAACAAUCACAAUGGCUCCACCACCAACGGUGAAGGUCGCCGCGCUCGUGAGGAUGUUGAGAUGAACGACGUGCAAGCGCGGCCCAACGGCUCAAACGGACACGCUUCACAGCCGCCUUGCCCGCGUGACGCCGCUUACGCGGAGAGUCGUCCGGCGCAACGUGUGGAGCCUCCCUUUGACCAUCGAAAGAGCUAUGCCGAGGCGGCGCGCCAGCGUUUUCGGGGCUACGGGUGCCCGUAUGAUGUUCCCGACAAUACACCUGUCCAACACCCAGCGAAUCGCCGGACACCUUCGCCACCUCGGCGCCGGGAACCUUCUCCGGGUCGUGCUCCUUCCCCGCGCCGUGGCCCGUUGGAGCGCCAUCAGUCUCCCCCCCAGCCUGUGCGCCGUACGCCUCCAACCCCGCGUGAGCAGGUUAACCCCACUGUACGCUAUGAACGGGCCACUCCUGCACCCGAGUAUCCAGACCGUGGGCACCCUGUUGAACCUCGUCUGUCUUACUCGUCCGUUUCGGAGCGACGCCCGUACGAGCGUCAGCCGGCCCAGUAUGGCGAGCCAGCGGGUCCUUCCCCGCCUUCGUAUGCGAAUGGCCGUCCUCGCGAGCGAGAGUAUGAGCGCGACGCGCAGGCAAUGCCGCCUCCAGCUGUCCGUGCGCCUCAAGUGCCGGUUGCAGCGCGCGACGACUCGCCUCCGUCUGCAGCCAACCCCAUGGAGGCCUGGGUUAUUAGCCAGGUCCAGUUACUGAAGCAACAGCAGGAAGGCGUUGCCAAGGCAAUUGCCGAAUUCGAGAAGAUGAUCGCGUCCGGAGUCUUCAAGGCUGCGGCACCUGCAGCAAGUGCGGUACGACCUACGUCUGGCUCGUCAACCUCAACGCCAAGCCGUGCUGGAGAUUACCGUCAGGAGUAUCGGCCUGAACCCCGACCUGAGCAGCGACCGGAGCAGCGCGUGAAGUAUCGCAUGGAACACGGCCCGGAACAACGCCCAGAACAACGUCCGUUGUACUCAGAAUUCCGGCCUGCACCUCAACGCGAGCCGUCCCCAGGCCCGGCGCCUCGUUCAUAUGAAGAGUCUUGUGAUUCCCGCGUUGCCCUGUCACCACGAAACCAGCCGCCCUUCGGGCCCAAGGAAUACGAGUACAGUGAUGCGCCGCGCUUCACGCCAAGGGAGUCCUACGGCAAAGCGCCUGUUUACAAGUCGUAUGACAACUACAAUAAGCAGAAGCCGUACGACCGGCGGCCAUACGAUCGGUCGCCCAACGACCGCGGCCCUUCGCCGACUCGCUCACAGUACGACUCUGGACGCCGCGGCUCGUGGGAGAACUGGGCACCCCCACCCCACCCCAAACAGUAUGACUACCGCUAUUAG